GGCAGUAAGAUCGAGCGAGGAGCCCAAGAAGCGAGCGCGCAUCCCGAAGCUCGAGCUGCCUCCGCUGCGCGACCCAGCCUCUGCCGCCGCCGCCUGCGCCGCGAGAUCAGCCCCGGCCUCCCCGAGAGCGAGCCCCGGCCGCGGCGACCACCAGCCGCGCUAACCGCCGACCAACCGCCACCGAGGCGCAUGAGCGAGAGCAGAGGAGGAGGAGGCAUGAGCGAGGCGGGCGAGGCCACCAUCAUCACCACCACCCUCCAGCAGGCUCCGGCGGAGGCGGCCGCCGCGGCUCGCCAGGACCCCGCGACCAAGAGCCGGGUGGGCAGCGGUGCACCCCAGGCCGCGGCCCCGGCGCCCGCCGCCCUCGUCGCAGGAAACCCGGGUGGGGACGGGGCCCCCGCAGCCACGGGCACCGCGGCCGCCGCCUCUUUAGCCACCGCCGCCGACAGCGAAGACGCGGAGAAAAAGCUAGGCUAGGCUAGCUUUGAUGGGCUCCUAGAAGACGACUGGUCACCAGAAAGGCCAAGUCAUGAUUAGAAGCUUGGAACUUUUAGCCCCACACCCAACCUCUCGGUGGGCAGAGGGGCUGAAGGUUGAGUUAAUCAGCAACGGGCAAUGAUACAAUCAAUCAUGGCUAUGUAGUGAAGCCUCCAUAGAAACCCAGAAGGACAGGGUUCAGAGAGCUUCUGGGUUGCUGAACACGUGGAGGACCCUUGAGGAUGGCACACCUGGAGACAGAAUGGGAACUGUAUGCCCCUUCCCAGCCCUGUGCAUCUCUUCCACGUGGCUGUUCCUCUGUAUCCUUUGUAAUGUCCUUUAUGGGUAACUGUUUACCUAAUCUGUAAGUGUAAGAUGCAGUCGAUGAAAAGUACUAUGGGAAUUCUUGAGCAAAUCAGACCAUUCAAAAGGAAACCAC